AUGUCAGCCAGACCCGAACCGCAACCGGGAUCCGAACGCAACGCAACAGAACCCCUCCCUUCACACCUUGACCCAACAACCUAUCCGCGAACCCUCACAACAACUCACGGGCCCACCAGCAUUCCCCUCCACCUCGAGCUAACAUACCACACGCUCUCCCCCACCACCGCCCUGCAACACGUUUCCUCCCCUAGUAGCGGUGCAAACAUUCUCUUCCUCGGCACAACACGCGACACGUUUGAUGACCGUCCCGUCGCCCGCCUCUCAUAUACAUCAUACCCAGCCCUCGCGCUGAAAUCAUUGCACAAAAUCUCCUCUGAAGCGGUUGAGAAGUUCGGGCUGAAUGGUGUCUAUAUCGCGCAUCGGCUUGGUGAAGUUCCCGUUGGGGAGGCGAGUAUUGUUGUUGCGGUGGGGGCGGGGCAUAGAGGGGAGGCCUGGAGGGGCGCGGAGUGGGUGCUUGAGGUUGUGAAGGAGCGGGUUGAGGUGUGGAAGAGGGAGGAGUUUGUGGAUGGAGGGAUGGAGUGGAGGGAGAACAGGGAGAGGGAUGGGUUUGGAAAAUUGAAGACCAAAAAGGAGGAUUCUAGAUGA